AUUAAAAAUGUCUUCUUUUUGUAAGUUGCUGAGGUCAAAGCUCAUUCAAGAAAUUCCAGUCUCACGUAGUAUUUGUAAUGGACACGGCUUUCGAGAUGUUGUUUUCAAAUACCAUCGCUGUUUACACAGUCAAUUCMAAGCUCGGUUGCUGGGGAACACUUUUAAGAAGCCAAGCACAUUAGUUAGUUCAAAUGAACAAUUAUUACGUCGUUUUGUGUCUUCAAAAAGACGUUUAGAAAGGCAGUCAAAAUAUAAAAUACCAGACGAACUUUGGGUAUUACUUAUAGUAGGUCUUGGUGGUGUUGGAGUUUUCACKUUUACUUUUUACAAGAAAAAAGAAAUUCGAAUUAAAAAAAGCACAGAUAUGCAAUUGAAACUUGCUAAAGCGAAGCAAUGCCUCCAAAAUGAAGAGAAAGAAGAAGCAUUCACUUUACUGAAAGAAGUAUUGUCAAUGAUACACAAUGAAAUAGCUGAAAAGCAGCAAGACACGGUGAAAAAAGGCAAAAGACCAUUUCACAAAGCAUUGAAAUAUGUCCUUGACCAGUCAGCAAAUUUGGCAAUAGAUUUGGAAAAGUGGGAAGAGGCUGAACAUUAUCUUCGUCUGACAUUGCAAGAAGUUCUUUCUUCAGGAACUCCAAAAAAUGAUGAUGCUGUAAUUGAACUUUCUUUAAARUUAUCACAAGCUUGUGAAAAACAAGGAAARAAUGAGUUAGCUGCAGAAGGAUAUCAGUGGUGCGUUGAUACUGCUGGUGAUAAUAUURAUCAAGCUGAUGAAGCUGAUGAUAAUAGGUAUGUGUAUGUACAUUUUAAGGAAUAA